AUGGACCGGACGCCGUCGUGCUGUUCGCAACCGGUGGCCGCGGCGGCGGCCGUGUACAACUACGGUGUGGCCGGUGCGACGAUCGGCGGUUACGCUACGUCGUACGACGGCCACCCGCUGUCCACGUCGUCGUCGUCGGCGGUCGGCGUGACGACGGCGGUGGACGACGGCCAAGGGUGUUUCUGUUGCGACAGCGACGACGACAGCGUGGAACGGGCCCGCGUGGCCCACGCCAAGCGCAAGUGCUACAAGAGCUGCCUGCGGAACGCGUUCGUGUGCGCCCUGCUAGUGUCGUACACGUUCGCCGGUGCGCUGAUAUUCCUCAGCAUCGAGGGUGACGUGGACGCCGACGCGUUGGACGCGGAAGACGGCGGUGGCGGCGGCGGCAGUCCCGUCCGACUGGCCGGCCUGAUGCCCGCCCAACAGCAGAACCUGACGGCCGCCUGGCUGGCCGCUGCGGCCGCGGGCGAAGAGAGUCGCGCCCGGACCGUGGAGACCAUAUGGGAGAUCACGGUCAACUUGAACAUACUGUACCGGGAGAACUGGACCCGGUUGGCCGCACAGGAACUGAACCGGUUCCAGGAGGACCUGAUACGCCGCCUCACGCAGCAGAUGGAAAUCGAAUCGGCCGCGGUCAGCUAUCACACCAGUGCCGGCGGCGGUGGCUUCAUCGUCGACCACGGCGGUGACUCGGUGGACAGCACCUUCGAAUGGAACAUGGCCACGUCGUUCCUGUACUGCCUGUCCAUACUCACCACGAUCGGUAAGUCCACAAAACGUAUAUUCGGUUAG